AUGCAUCUCCUUGAUCCCAACCAGCCGCCGCUCACUGGCCUCUCUGAGGAAUUAGAAAAGGCCAUGGUUCUAUGUGGCAUCCCCGGAAUGAGCGUCGCUAUCCAGUACAAGGGCAAGCUCACCUACGCAGAAGGAUUCGGAAAGCGCAAUGAAAAAGAUCCAUUUACACCAGAGACAUUGACAUCGAUCGCGUCCGUGACAAAAGCUUUUACUGCUACGGCCAUUGGCGAGCUGGUAGCAGAGGGAAAGAUGGACUGGGACAAAACCCCUGUCAGCAAGUAUCUCCCAGAAUUCGAGCUCAAGGAUCCCGCCCUGACCGCUCAGUUGACGCUCGUUGAUCUCCUUUCCCAUCGCACGGGCCUGCGCAGUCUCGACCUUGCAUGGUUUAGAAGCAAGGAGCCCAGACGAGAACUCAUCAAGUACCUGAAGUAUGUGGAUAUAAAGCCAAAGCUAGGACCCGACUGCAUCUAUAAUAACAUCAUGUACGCAGUUGCUGGUGAGGCCGCAGCUAAUGUCGCCGGUAUCUCGUACGAAGAGCUCGUUGAGACCAAGAUCCUGAAGCCAUUAGGGAUGACCCAUUCAGGCUUCUCGGCUAUGAAGAUGGGAACGCAUGCCAACUACGCGAUGCCAUAUGACGCCGCCUCGUUUGAGGAUGCUCAAAAGGGUCGGUUUGAGAUUGGAUAUUUGGACGACAUCUAUAUGGCCGAUGCACCUGCAGGUGACAUUUACUCCAACGUGUUCGAUCUCGUGCGCUGGGGUAGCGCCGUUAUACACGGCGGUAAGCUGGAUGGCAAGCAGAUCCUUAAUCAGGAGAGCAUCCAAGAAACGCUAAGCGGGCACACUUUCAGGGUCAAGACCAAGCGGACGUCCGAAUUUGCACCGGUAGAAGCCUACGGACUCGGGUGGAUGCUCGACUCUUAUAAAGGACAUGUUGUCUAUAGUCACAGUGGAGGCAACCCUGGAUACACCUCGCAUUUGACCAUGUUUCCUGAUGCAGAUCUGGUCAUUGCAUGCCUUACAAAUGCCAAUAUGACUACGCUACCGGGCGAGAUUCCAUAUCUUAUUGCAGAUAGGGUGCUGGAUCUUCCCAAGACCCAGGACUGGGUUGACGUGGCGAUUGAAAAGACGCGCGGAUGGUAUGCCAUGAAGGCGAAUAUGUCCAAGAUCAAUUUUCUGAAACGAAGGGACGAUCCCCCAAAGCACCAGCUAUGUGCGUAUGUCGGCCAGUACUCGGAUCCUGUCUUUGGCGAUGUCUCCAUCCGUCAAGAGCGCGAUAAGGGAACAGGGGAGGAGGUCCUCUACUUCAAGAUGCGAACGUUUGACAGCAAAUUGGACCACCAUCACUUUGAUACAUUCAGCACGCUGCUAAAGGACUUUGGCUACCAGCUUGGCGCCUCGAUUACAUUCCGCACAGGAAGAGACGGCGACGUGGAGGGGUUUGAGCUCGAGGCAGGCUCUGAUAUAGUGGAGUUCAAGCGUAAAGAGAUGUGUAAGCAUGAGGAAUAA